CACUGUUGGCAACACGUGCACGAUUUGCUGCAUUUAAUUUGAAUUCGGUUCAAUUUCUCGAGAUUGUAUUGAAUCGGAGGAAAAAUGGGCAAGAAAACCAAAGUUGGAAAAACCAGAAAGGACAAGUUCUACCAGCUAGCGAAGGAAACUGGACUUCGAUCGCGUGCUGCCUUCAAGUUGAUCCAACUAAAUCGAAAAUUUGGUUUCCUUCAGCAGUCGCAAGUAUGUUUGGACCUGUGCGCAGCUCCCGGAGGAUGGAUGCAGGUGGCCAAGCAGAACAUGCCGGUGUCCAGCAUUGUAAUUGGCGUGGAUCUCUUCCCGAUCCGCCCAAUAGCCGGUUGCAUUGGUCUGGUUGAGGACAUAACCACCGAGAAAUGCCGGCAGUCGCUGACUAAGGAGUUGCAAUCGUGGAAGGCCGAUGUUGUGCUCCACGAUGGAGCUCCCAACGUGGGUCGCAACUGGCUCUACGAUGCCUAUCAGCAGAUCUGCCUCACCCUCAACGCCCUCAAGCUGACCACACAGUUUCUGCGCAGCGGCGGUUGGUUCGUAACAAAGGUAUUCCGCUCCAAGGACUACAACGCUCUGCUCUGGGUUUUGAAGCAGCUUUUCAAGAAGGUUCAUGCCACCAAACCAAGCGCCUCGCGUAAGGAAUCCGCCGAGAUAUUUGUGGUCUGCCAGGGGUACAUAGCACCCGACCACAUAGAUCCCCGUCUGCUGGACUCGAAAUAUGUCUUCGAGGAGCUCGACCUCGACGCCAAGAAGAAGAGCAGCCUGCUUCAUCCGGAAAAGCAGAAGCGCAUCAAAGCCGAGGGAUACACAGCUCAGGAUAUUGCUCUCCGCAACGAUCUAGCUGCCACAGAGUUUAUGCAAGCUGAAAAUGCCCUAGCUGCCCUACAAGGCGUGGGAUCAAUUCGCAUCGAUGACAAACGAAUUGCUAAUCACAAAAAAACCACACCAGAAAUCCUGGAGUGCUGUAAAGAUCUUAAGGUCUUGGGCCGCAAAGAUAUUAAAGGACUUGUGCAAUGGUGGAAAGACGUAAGGGAACUUCUUGUGAAAAAGGAAACACCACUGGUCGUCGGGGACCCCAAUGCCGAAGAGGAAAAGGCGAAGCCAUUAACACAAGCGGAAAUAGAGGACAUGGAAGACGCCGAACUUCAAACGCAAAUCGACACAAUUUUGGACGAGGAGAAAAAAGAUCUGAAGCGGAAGCGGAAGAAGACGCUUAAAACAAAAGCGAAAUUGCACGAGAAGAUGAACCUCAACAUGGUAAUCAAGGGAGACGAUGGUCCUGUCGAGGAAAUGGAGCACGAAAUAUUUGAGCUCAAAAAUAUAAACACCUCUGCUGAGCUGGACGGUUUGCUAGAUGUUCAGCCUGAUUUUGCUGUGGACGAAAAUCUUCCCGAGCAACCUAAGCUGUCAAAAUACAAGUAUUAUGACAAGGAUGAACAGAAUGUAAAUGAUGAUUUGAACUAUGGGGACGAGGAUGACGAAGAACAGAGCGAAGCUUCAGAAGACGACACCAACCUGGAUAAACGGGGCCUGGGCCUUAGUGACGACGAUGAAGAGGUUUCAAAAGGCAAAAACAAGAGGAAAAAACGAUCCGAGAAUCCACUCAUUAAAUCAACUGAUUUUCGGGAUAAAAAUACUAAGCGGGAGCAACGUGUUCAGCUUUGGUAUGAAAAAGAUGUCCUCCAAAAUAUAAAGUCAGACGACGAUGAAGAAAACUACGACCUAGAUAAUCUGGCUAAGGAAUACAAGGCCAAGGGUGUGUCAGUGUUGGGUGAGAGCACCCUUACCGCGGAUGACGAACUAAUCCAAGGCAAGAAAGCCAAACGUCGCGCACGCCACGAAGCCACAGCAAAGGAAAGCAGCUCAGAGUCAUCCGACUCCGAAGAUGAAGAUGACAAGCAUGAUAAUGAAGACUCGGUUACAGAAACAAAGGUGAAAAAGGUUCGCUUAUCCGAAAAUGAGAUGGCAUUGGGUGCAUUUUUAACCCGCAACAAGAAAACACGCCGUGACCUCAUCGACGCCGCCUGGAAUAGAUAUGCUUUUAACGAUGAAAAUCUUCCCGUUUGGUUUGUACAAGAUGAGGAUGAGCACAUGACCAAACCACAGCCAGUUCCCAAGGAGCUAACCGCGGAGUACCAACGCAAAUUGCAGGAGGUGAAUGUGCGCCCAAUAAAGAAGGUCAUGGAGGCUAAGGCGCGUAAACAGCGUCGUUCCACAAAACGCUUAGCUAAGGCUAAGAAAAUGGCCGAAAAGAUAAUGGAGAACAGCGAUUCCACCAAUCACGAGAAAUCAAAGCAGCUUAAAAAGGUGUACAAAAAGGCUCAAGAGAAAAAGAAGGAGGUUACAUAUGUAGUCGCUAAAAAGCAAUCAGCCGCUCGGCGAGCCCGUCGCCCAGCAGGUGUGAAAGGUCAGUAUCGUGUCGUUGAUCCACGAGAAAAGAAGGACAAGCGGUCAGUAGUAGCAAAAAAGAAACGCGAGAAGGGCGGAAAGGGCGGAAAAGGCCGGAAAGGAAGCCGCAAAUAAAGCAUAAUAUGUAAAAACAAAUUUUAAUGUAAUAUUUUAUAGUUAUUAAAUAUAUGCGUACAAAUCAUAUUGGA